GACUCUACGCGACGACUCGCAGACAGAAAUAUUCACGCGGACUGAAGUAACCAGUGUAUGUUUUAGCUUUCAAAAGUAUGGCUGCAUUGAGGACAUCACUUCGCUCUAUAUCUCCAUCAGCUGUGUUUGCUGGCCAUUCACAACUCCAGAUAUCUGUCCGGAAUGCAAGUGCAGCACAAGCUACCCUUCUUAGUAUCUUAGACUCUCAGAUCAGUGACAUUCAACAAGCGGGAACUUGGAAAAGUGAAAGGGUUAUAAGCACAAAGCAAGCAUCGGAGAUUGCUGUCCAAGGAAGAAGUGAUAAGCUGCUUAAUUUUUGUGCCAACAACUAUCUGGGACUUUCAUCGCACCCAGAAGUUAUUCAAGCAGCAAAAGAUGCUUUAGAUAAAUAUGGCAAUGGCCUGAGUUCAGUCAGAUUUAUUUGUGGUACACAGGAUAUUCACAAGGAACUGGAGGAAAAGAUAUCACGAUUUCAUGACCGUGAAGACGCAAUUUUAUAUCCUUGUUGUUUUGAUGCAAACACCGGUUUGUUUGAGGCUCUUUUAAGUCCAGAAGAUGCCGUCUUAAGCGAUGAACUGAAUCAUGCGUCUAUCAUUGAUGGAGUACGGUUAUGUAAAGCCAAGAAAUUCAAAUACAAGAAUAAAGAUAUGGCAGACCUAGAGGAGAAGCUGAAAGAAGCUGAGGGAGCACGCAUGAAGUUGAUAGUUACAGAUGGUGUUUUCAGCAUGGAUGGAAAAGUUGCUCCUCUCAAUGAGCUGUGUGACCUAGCAGAGAAGUAUGGUGCACUGACUUUUAUUGACGAGUGUCAUGCUACCGGAUUCUUAGGUGAAACAGGAAGGUAUCUGGACACCCUUGAAUUUAUUUCUCUGCUGAACUAAUAAACUAUUGAUUUAUUACUCCGGUGUACUGUAGGUGGUUACACAACAGGACCUAGACAGCUGAUCCAAUUAUUACGUCAGAAGUCCCGUCCUUAUCUCUUCUCCAACACCCUACCUCCUCCUGUGGUGGGUGGGGCCAGUAAGGUGUUUGAUCUGUUAAUGAAUGGCUCAGAUCUGAUUAAAAAAGUGUCUGACAACACCAUGUUAUUUCGAACAAAAAUGACAGCAGCAGGUUUCAACAUCACUGGUGAUGGUCACCCAAUAACACCAGUCAUGUUAGGAGAUGCUCGGCUUGCUGUAGAGUUUGCUGAUGAAAUGUUAGAGCGUGGAGUGUAUGUGAUAGGUUUCACAUUUCCCGUUGUUCCCAAGGGCAAAGCUAGGAUACGUGUACAGAUCUCUGCUGCCCAUAGUACAGAGGAGAUUGAACGUUGUGUUGACGCUUUUGUUGAUGUUGGAAAAAAGAAAGGAGUGAUUUAAAUAAAUGUAUGAAUAAUUUUAGCAAUUUGAAUUGAACUAAAAAAAUAUUCUCUGAGUGUUCUAAAUAAACUGAUAAAACUGUUUAUUGUCAAGACAGGUAAUUUGCAGGGACUGUAAACCUUCAUAGUGUUAUUAAUAACACGAAAUGAAUUAGGCGGUCAGUUCUUCAGCUCAGGUCUUAUUUACUACCAAAGAAAACUGUGUUUGCUUGCAUUACAUUGCAAUAAGAAAGAUUUCUUGAGGAAUACUCCGAAAAAUAAAUACAGCAAGGGUACACUUUUUUUCAUGUUUUACUUAAUUGUGUGUAAUAAUGCAUAAUUACCAAGUGAGAACACCCAGAAAUGCUGAAAAAAGUUCUCAUUACAUAAAAAGUUCUGGGUAUAAUUUUUACUAAUUUAGGAGGUAUUUUAGGGGGUAAAACAUUUCUCCCAAAUAUUUAAGGAUGGACAGGGAUAUUUUUGAUCGAGAGAGACAGGGGUGUUGUGUUGGUACGCUUGUAAUAUUUCUAUGCAAAAUGUUUUCUAAAUAUAUCACUGAGGUUGCAGUGCAAAAAUUAUUUUGGCUUAUUCUAUAAAUUCUUUCGUGGGCAUAUUUUGCUUGCAGGAAUUGUUUGGGUAGUAAUAUAUCCUUAUUAUCCAUCCACUCAAAAAUAGUGUAACAGUUCAUACCAUAAAUAUUAGCAUUUGGUGAGAAGAGAGUGAGUUAACCAUCAACAUUAAUAUUUAAUAGAUCAUCUUUAUUUGUUAAUUAAGGAACAUUUAGGGUUAAUAUUUAUAUAUAUCUUGCACAUGGAGGUAUUUUUUUUGAGUGUCGAAACACAGCUUUAAUUUACUCCCUACCAGGGAGCAUGUUUAUAGUGGCCCUAUUUUACAAUUAUUAUUGAUAAGUUAAAGGCCCUAAUGAAAUAAUGAGAUUUCUAUGAGGUGGUAGUUGACAAGUAUGAAUAGGCCGAAUCAACUUUAGGCUUGAUUUCCACCACUCUCUCUGGUGCAGGCUCCUUUCCCAGUGGCUGGUAAUCAAGCCAAAAUCAACUAUCACCUCAUAGAAAUUGAGAGUGAAUAACCUAAUUGCACUUAUAAAAUUUUUAAGGGAAUUUGCUUCAAAUAGCGGUUUCCAAUCAUAAUUUUUCAUCUUAGUAUUAAACUUCACGCUGAUGUUCAAAUAAAAAACUAUUUCCUAUG